GGAAGGGACAUUCAUGGUUCUGGAAGAGUUUACUACUACUGGCAGCAUGUAGUGAAGAACUAUCUACACAUCGAUUCCUUGUCUGUAAUCUAUAUCACCCUACUGUCUUCUUCGCCACUCACCCAAAACCAAGACCCUAGUUCCAUAGAAUUGGGGGUUCUUCUGAAACUAUUUUUUCCGGCAUCUUUGACUUCUGGGGUUUUUGGGUUACCGUCAAAAUUACGACUUUUUCAUGAAUGGCUAAAGGUUCACCGGGCGGUGCCGGGGAAGAUGACUCUCCGGUGAAGAAGAGGAGGCGAGUCCAUGCCGGAAAGAAACUCAACAACUCAUCUCAGCAACGCGUGGCGUCCCAUGAUUCGUCUGCCCGCAAUCACUUGUUGCCUGGUCCACCAAGCCCCAGUGAUCGGAAUGCUGUAUCCGGGUAUGUUGAAUUUGACAAUAAAGUUACGAUUAACUUGAGUUUUAAGUCAAAAUUUGAGAUUAGGGAGCUGAAAAGUAAGUUAGUGAGUGAGCUCGAUCAAAUUAGGGCAUUGGUCAAGAGGAUUGAAGCUGAGGAGGCUUCAGGUAGAGCUUAUUCUGGUGUAGGUGGAUACACAAAGUCACAAUCAUCCGCGAAUGAUAAAGUUUCUAGACUUGCUAGAGUGAAUUCUGAUGCGGGUUCAGUGGUGCCCAACAUUUCCAGGCUGUUUCGGGGAUCAACCGAACCUGUGGCAGAUAAUGGCAACAGCCAUGUUGAGGAGUUUUCAGAAAAUGGCACGCUAACUCCAAAGGUGAAUCAGUAUAGGAAGAAUGUGGAAAAUGUAUCGGUAAAGGAGAAGUUUCCAUCUUUGGAGAGCAAUAAGAAAGAGAACCCGAGAGUGGGGAAGAAAGGGGAGUUGGGUUUGCCGCAUAAAAGGAUAACUAUGCCUAAUAAAUUAUUUAAGAGUUGUGAGAACAUACUAGUGACGUUGAUGAAGCAUCAAUUUGGGUGGGUAUUUAAUAAACCUGUGGAUGUGGAGGGGUUGAAGUUGCAUGAUUAUUAUAAAAUUAUCAAGCAUCCAAUGGAUUUGGGCACAGUUAAGGCAAGGUUGCAAAAGAAUUGGUAUAAGUCCCCCAAGGAGUUUGCAGAGGAUGUCAGACUAACGUUUAGUAAUGCCAUGUCGUAUAACUCGAAAGGUCAAGAUGUGCAUUAUAUGGCAGAGGCCUUGUCAAAUAUUUUUGAGGAGAAGUGGGCAGCGACUGAGGCUGAGUUCGCUCUUGAUGGAAGGCUUGAAAUAGGUCAUAGUGCAGAUUUGCCAAUAACCCCAUCAAGGACAGCUCCUGAUCCACCGGCUCCUGGUACUGCUCCCCCCAUACCUACUCCAGCACUCUUGGAUACAAGGAAUUUGGAGAGAUCAGAAUCUAUGACAGUUCCAGUACAUUCUGUUUCAAAAUCUAGGCAUGUUACUUCUCAUCAGAAAAAGACACCAGUGGCAAAGAAACGAAAGACAGAGGUUCCUGCCAAUAGAGAUAUGACCUAUGAGGAAAAGCAGAGACUUAGAGAAAACCUCGAGAGCUUGCCUUCGGAGAAACUGGAAAGGGUUGUUGAAAUCAUUAAGGAAAGGAAUCCCGGCCUUUUUCAGCAGGAUGAUGAGAUUGAACUGGAUCUUGACAGUGUUGGCCCUGAGACCCUUUGGGAACUUGAUAGGUUUGUUGCCUAUUGCAAUAAAAGUAUAGGCAAGAACAAAGGAAACAGUGACCUUUCUCUUCCAGCUAAACAGGAGAUGAAUCGGACAGCUGCCAAUACAGAGGAACGAAAUGAAACAGCAGUUGAAAGGUUUAGUGUCACUUCUCCUGUACAAGUAGAAAAUGGAUCUGCUAACGUGAGUGGAUCAAGUAGUUCAAGCCAUUCUAGUGGAUCCUCUUUAAAUGACUCUGAAAGGGACAGUUCCUCAGGAUAUGGAUCAGAUGCAGGUCAAUGAUUUCAGUUGAAUGGAUUCAAUUUAGGUAGGAGGAAGCUUGUUAGGUUAUCAGACUCACAUUAUUCGCUGUUCCUUCUCAUUAGAUAAAGCUUUGGAAAUACGUUUGAAUUUUAGGUUAAUCAAUAAUCAGCCAUUGGAAUCACCAAUAAUGCUGGUCCAUGGUUGAUCUUCUUUAGGAUUGGGCAUGGGUGUAUUAAGUUAACAAAGUCUGAAAAAUUUCCCUAAUGCUUAUGGAAGCACUGUGCUAUAUGCAGUUUAAUUA